UUGAUUGAACUAGAGGACACCUCGCAUCAUAACAACUCAUAUAAAAUCUAAAAUCAUAUCUUAAUAAGCACAACAACCUAUUGAGUCGCGGGAUGCAUAACAAAAUUAUAGUUGUAUAAGAGACAGCUCAGAACAUAGUAGCCUAAAACAGCUGUUGUCAUCGGUUUUUAACAUUUUUCACUAUUUACCUUCUAUUGCUUUUGUGAAAAUAUAUUUUAUCAUAGAGUUUAAUUAUAGUAAUUGCACUUAUGGACACCAUUCUGGACAAUUUCGCCCCGGAUAAACUUUUCCCCAGUGCCAACCUGUUGGACCUUGAGGAUUUGAAUGAAGGGGAUUUUCUCAACAAUGUGCACUUCUCGGAGCAGAUGGAGGACUUCUCCAACGAGCUGUUCAGCAGCUUCUUUGAUGACCACCUCCUGGCCGACAGGAACCCACUGUUGGACAUGGAGAUGGACCCACCCAACCCUGACAUCCAGCAAGAACACAGCUACUCCCUGAGCGGAGACUCGGCCCCCCAGAGCCCCUCCAUGUCCAUCAAAAUGGAUGAGGAAGCAGAGUUUGAAGGAAUGUGGUCUUUCAGCCAGGACCUGACAGCUAUCCUGGUAAAGCAGGAGCCUGAUCAACAGGCAGAGCCUUCCUCUACAGUCCCCUCCAUGGGGAACUCAUGCUUCCAGCCUCUCAACCUCGCCCCACCACCUCACAGGAGCUCAUCGGGGGACACAGGCUCCAAAGAGUUGAACCUCAACCCCACACCUGCAAUCAAAGAUGAACCCAGAGAGGUGAACCAGUUCCUCAACAUCCCUUCAGUCCAGCAGCACCACAUGUCCAGUCUAGCCCUGCCUCCCUUCGCAGAGCGCAGUCUGAACAAUAACGUCUGCAUUGUGUCUGCCUCUGCCUUUGACAAAAUGAUCAGCUGCAGCUCCCCCACCCCUCCCAGCAGCCAUGGCAGUGACAGUGAUGGAUCCCAGAGCCCCCGCUCCAUGCCCCCUUCCAGCCCAGCCCGCCUACAGGCCCGCUCCUCCGCUGCCAUAUCCUCCUCACCCCUCCUUACUGCCCCACACAAACUACAGGGCACUUCAGGGCCCCUGAUGCUGACAGAGGAGGAGAAACGCACCCUGAUCGCUGAAGGUUACCCCGUACCCAACAAGCUGCCCCUCACCAAGACCGAGGAGAAGGCACUGAAGAGGGUUCGCAGGAAAAUAAAAAAUAAGAUAUCUGCCCAGGAGAGUCGCAGGAAGAAGAAGGAGUACGUGGAGUGCCUGGAGAAAAAGGUGGAGAACUACACAUCUGAGAACAGUGACCUGUGGAAGAAGGUGGAAACACUGGAGAGUGCUAACAGAACUCUACUCCAGCAGCUCCAGAAACUCCAGGUCCUGGUCACAGGAAAAGUGCCCCAAUCCUACAAAAUGGCCUCAACGCAAACAGGAACAUGCCUUAUGGUGGUGGCGCUGUGCUUUUUCCUGGUGCUGGGCUCCCUUGUACCUUGUCUGCCUGAGCUCUCCUCCCUGUCCCAUACCGUGAAGUCCUCCUCGCCCCUCCCCUCGGCUGAUGUCUACACAGCCAGCCAGGUCCGCUCCCGCAGCCUACUCUUCUACGACGAGAGCUCCUCGUUGGAGGACGGUCACGGGGGCUUCCUGAAGAUGGAGGGGGACGGCUCGGAGGGGGCGCCCCUCGACUCCACCGAGGACCGGUCGGCACAUGACAGCCACGGAGGCGAACACGAGAACACCAAGUACCUCAGCAAGGUUCACUCCGAUCCGGUGGACUACAACAGGACCGGCGCCCAGUUCCUCCAAGAAGAGCCGCAGUACCACAAAAUAGAGCCAAACCCCGAAGGAGGAGAGGAGUACUUUUAACCUUGAGGGGCGGAGCUGCCAAAAACACAGGCUCUCCAGACUCCUUACCCAUGUGGAUGUGUAGUGACACUACGGCGCCCCCUAGUGUGCCACCCCCAACCCACCUCUCCCUGCACUCCCUGACCUCCUGCAGUAGCUCCCUGGCCUUCCUGUUCCAUCCCAUUCCCUGAAGUCCCACCUGAUAGAGAGGAUGAAGAGGGUAUGUGAAGAAGAUAGAAAUGACGGGCAACUCCAUUCAAAGCUCCACAGGAACUUUUUCAUCUCUGACUGCUGUGUUUGACUGGAGGCAGAAGCAGGGAGUGAGAGGGGUUUGAAUUGAGUAACUUGUUGAAACAUCUGUGUGCUCUGUGUGUCUGUCUGCACGUUCAACUGGGUGAGUGUGGUUGCAGUGCUUCUGUGCAGAUGAAGUGCUCCUCAGAUUCCAUCACACUGUUGCUUUUUCAAGGACUUCUACAAAUAUUUAGAACACAGGGGGGUACUUCAGGUGUAGGGGGAUCUAUAGCAAAUGGGAUAGGAGGGU